GGCUUCUGUGGCUACAGAACAUGGUUGUUUAUUCUACAGCACCAGCUGACGGCACCCAUCCAUUCCUCCACCGUAGGAGUGGGCUACAGUCACCCAAAGUAUGGCUGUUAUGGUGUCACCGAUUAAUUCUGAAAAAGCCAUCACAAAAAUACUUUAGACCUCAUUGUUCUCUGCCUAAUCCAAUGCUGUUCUGCCUUUGCACGGCCGCUCGUGGCAAUCGUAGCCAUAAUUGCGGGACAUUGUGAUGGGCCAUUGCUUGACAUUUGUUGCCUAGCUGCCGCUGCUACCAUGCUACCGCAUCGUAUGUGGAGCAAAGGCCUCACAAAUGCAAUGAGCCUUGGUGAAUGCAUCACUGUUGCCAAAGUGGCCUGCCAUACUCCUUCCAAGGUCAUCAGUCAGGUCGAGGUUGGCAUACAGUGCAGUUUGCCUCUGACAGACAAGUCUGUCGGGUGCUCCUUCAAAGCAGGGAGCGAGUCGAGGAGCGUGCAGACUACAGAGACUGUGAAUCAGUCGAGCUCCACGUCAGUAUCCAGGCCUUCUAUUUCUCCAUCAAGUGUCAGCAGUGACUACUCUCAGCAGGGAUGCCUCCAUCAAUGCCAUCUUUGUGAUUAUAAGGCUGAUAAACUGUUCUGUCUGAAAGAGCACGCCAGGGUCCAUACUGGCGAGAGCCUGUUUAAAUGCCAUGUGUGCCUCCAGAGCUUCUCAAGAAGGAGCACCCUAAACAGGCACCUGUUCAUCCAUACUGGCGAGCGUCCAUUUGUAUGCCAUGUGUGCUCUAAGUGCUUCUCGCGUAAGACCUACCUGAAAGACCACCUGCACACUCACACAGGUGAGAAGCCAUUUCAGUGCCCUUUAUGCCCUCAAGGCUUCUUGAGUAAGUCGAAGCUUGAGGAACACCUGCGCACCCACACAGGCGAGAAGCCAUUUCGAUGCCCUUCAUGCCCUCAGAGCUUCUCACACAAGUCCGCUGUGAAGCUACACCUGCGCACCCAUACAGGCGAGAAGCCAUAUCAGUGCCCUUCAUGCCUUCAGAGAUUCUCACGAAAGUCCAAGCUUCAGGACCACCUGCGCACUCACACAGGCGAGAAGCCAUUUCAAUGCACUUCAUGCCCUAAAAGCUUCACGAGUAAGUCCUUGAUGGCGCUACACCUGCAAACCCAUACAGGUGAGAAGCCAUAUCAGUGCCCUUCAUGCCUUCAGCGAUUCGUACGAAAGUCCAAGCUUCAGGACCACCUGCGCACCCACACAGGCGAGAAGCCAUUUCAAUGUCCUUCAUGCCCUAAAAGCUUCACGAGUAAGUCCUUGAUGGUAGUACACCUGCGCACCCAUACAGGCGAGAAGCCAUAUCAGUGCCAUUCAUGCAAUCAGAGGUUCUCGCAGAAGAGUGCCAUGAAUCAACACAUGAAAAUUCAUACAGGUGACCGACCACACCGUUGCGCCGUCUGCUCCAAGUCCUAUGCGCGGUCUGAUCACUUGAGCAGACAUAAGAGAACACAACACCGUGAUACUGUAGAGUAGGUCAAGUUUCUCAUUAAGUAUGCAUUUGAAACCCACAAUAACAAAAUCCCAUGGCAACGAAAUAUUUUCGUAGCCCUGGCGAACGCCCAUAGGAUUCAGUGCAUUUCAUACCUCUCGGCAGUGAAAUGUUGCUGUACUACAGUCCCGCCUCAGCGAAAUUUGCCGGAACGCAACCCCGGAUAUUACCUACUCGGGCAAGGCUAGUAGGCUCCAAAAUGUGCUCAAAUGCCAUUUUCUUGCUCUAGAAUUGCGUAAAAUAUCACCACAUUACGCUUGCGUGGGUGCCGCCAUUUUUGUUUACAAAACAACCAAGCGCCGGAAGCGAUCGCGCCGGAAACACGUUAUCACCGCCAUAUUGUUCAUUGAUGCCCAUUUGAAGUGGCACGCAUGUUGAUACCGAUAUUUGACGACGGUUUUUGCACACCUAGUGCGCUGCUUAGCCAGGAAAUUGCACCAAAAAUGAGCAAAUUCACGUCCCACUGACAUGAAAUUGUUUAUGGCGCUUGAGAUGGCGGUCGCAGCGUGGAGUGCCACCCAUCGGGUCGUGAUUGAGCGAUUGUCCGGGAGUACGCAUUCCUUGCUUCAAGAAUGCUGGUUUUGGUGCCACUUGGCAGGCAUCGCUUGAGGAUUCGGCGGCAGAUGCAAGUUUGCGCUAUGGGGCCAUAAUGUUGAUCAGCUUUUGUCGGGUAUAAGAAAUACAAUCACUUUCAUGCUCAGCACCGAAAGCGUCGCUGCCUACAUGUGUGACAGCGUGUGCUGGAUAAAUGCUGCUCCAUGCGUGGAAUACUGUUGCUCUGCAUCUGGUGCCGAGUUCUGCAAAAUCUCGAAAAAGUAAUCAUAUCUCACAAAGCAAUAGACCGAGAACACUGCUCUACGGCAGUGCUGCCUCUGCUGAUCGACGCAUGCGGCGCACUUUGUACUGUCGGCAAUGCGGUCCUAUAUCCACAAGCGAGCUUGCCAGUGUAGGCUAAUGAAAUUUCGAAAGUAAAUUUUUUUCUGCGACGCAUUACCUAUCUGUGCUGUCACAUUUCACAACAACGAAAUUCUCGCAAAAGCGCAUUCUUUAGCGUUCCCUCCCGAUCUCGUUAUUGCGAGGUUCAGCUGUAGCAUGAAGAAACAGCUGUGCAUUCAUACAGGUGACUGGCCACACCAUUGCACCAGCCGUUGCAUGUCUUAUGUGCAAGCUGAUUGCUUGUGCAGACUUAAGAAAACACAACAUUAUGAUACUGUAGAGUAGGUCAAUAGCCAUCUUGAACUAGUCUGUAUUUUGAACCUCCAGAUGUGUAGUGUGUUGUUCUGCUGCAUCAGGCAGCGCUAGUGCUCUUUUAGGGGCCCUGGAACAUUCUUUUUUGAGUCACCAUAUUCGCUCUAGAUCUGUUCUAGCAUGUCAUAAAAUAAAAAGCGAAAGAAAUUAUGAAGCUUGAACCACACAAAGCCAAGUUAUUGUUCAGAAAAAAUUCAAGAUACAGUUAGACCUUGAUAUAAUGAAGCUAGUAAAAUUAGCAAUUUGCUUUGUUAUGUUAGAAUUUCAUUAAAUUGUUGACUGUUCAUUAUUUAAAAGUGUUCCAAUAUUUGAUUUGAUUCUAUUUCUCUGUGGCACUCUUUUAUUGGAUCUCAAAAAUUACUCUUAUUGUUGUAAUUAUUCUUACUCUAAACUAUACUUCUUCAAAUGUUUCCAGCAUUGUUUUUUGAUACUUUUUCUGUUAGGCUCAUUUAUGUAUGUGUUGCGUCUAGGUUCUAAUAUAUGUGGUUCAUCGUGGAGACUCUUCAUCUUAUUCUAUUUGCACCUUUUUUUUCACAGGUAGGUACUUGUUUAGAGCAAUUGAUUCUUUAUUGAGUUUGCUUGCCAAUGUCUGUUUUAUCAGAGUACCAAAUAAAUGCUUGUGUUUAAUGUGCA